GUUUACACUUAAACAUUUGGGACUUCUUAAAUGUUAAGUCAAACAAUGAAGAAAACAUAUUUUUGUGGAUUUACUCAGUGGUUGGAGUUCUCGGAACGACUUCGAUGGCGGUCCGGAAAUUGAAAUGUUCAUUUUUGUACUUAAAAAACUCGUCCAGCUACAAAAUCCCACCAGAAAUCAGCUCUCACCUCAAGCCUGGUGGGGAUUUUGUUGCACCCAAGUACUUAAAUCCACCUAUAACUAAUGUUGCUAUGGCGACAACAAAGGUCAGCAAAGUCGACAGAUUUCUGAUUUUAGGACACACAAACCCAAAUUUUUGGCACGGUUUACGGAAAAAGAGGUGUUGAAGGUUUCCACUUUAUUGUAAGGAAGGAUAGUAUUUAACCCUUGAUAAGCCAUGGGGUCACAUUUGGCUGCGUUUUUUUUUUUCUUCUAACAUGUAUUUAUUUUAUUGAGGUUUUUUUCUUUUCUUUUGGUUGUUGUUAGUUGCUACUACCCAAAAUUAACCCCCCAGAAAAUUGUCAAAUAAACUUUAAAGGCCAAACUGAUUUAUUUUAUCAGGUAAGUCUGACGCAGAGGCUAAUAAAACAAGUCUAUUGAUUUUCAUUUUUAAGUUUAACCUCCUGUAAUUUAAAAAAGACACGGUUGAGAUUGUCAUUUAAUUGUAGUUUUAAUCACUGUUAUAUAUAGUGAUAUAGUUUAUAUAUAUAUUAAGGAAGUUACAAAAAAAGAGGCUCCAGAAAGUCGUAUGCGCAAACUUUCAACUUAAAAAAAAGAGGAAAACGAGUCAUUGCCAUAGCAACAGACGUGAUUGACAAGCUUCGAGAAAGCUCCGGUAACAAUGCGUUCAGGGACCCUCGGAAAUGACAUAAUGGUAUGAACUACUUUCCUUGCAUUUUUACUUAAGCUGGCAUUGGGCGUUAUUCAGUAAAAACAGAACGUUUCUCCGCUACGUUAGCGAGUUGCUGUUCUGUGGCUGAGAAGAAUGCUCGAUUGUUGGGAGUUUCUGAUUUAAAAUCGACCCUUCCUGGAUCGACGCCGUGAACGAGGCUAACGAGCCACACCUGGCGCGAGCUCACGUGCAACAAGUUUAUCAGGCCAAAACUGAGGAAGAUUUAUCCUGAACCACAACAUCAUGUUUUACUUUAGUGCUGCACCUGUAGUUUAUAUAGGCAGAGUACAAAGAAAGCAGAGUAUUAGAAACUGACGUCAUGAAAAAAUGAAAAAUAAACGGAUAUUCUGCAGAAAAGUAGAGACUGAAACGGUUUCCACCUGAGCGGCACCGUCCGGGAAGCCGCCACGGCGUCGGAGCCGGAGCUGCUGUGCAACGUCAGCGUCAGCUUCGACCGCUGCAAGAUCACAUCGGUGACGUGCAGCUGCGGCAACAAGGACAUUUUCUACUGCGCCCAUGUGGUGGCGCUCUCCCUGUAUCGAGUACGGAAGCCAGAGCAGGUCAAACUGCGCCUGCCCAUCUCAGAGACACUGUUCCAGAUGAACAGGGAUCAGCUGCAGAAGUUCGUCCAGUAUCUGAUCACGGUCCAUCACACGGAGGUGCUGCCGACGGCGCAGAAGCUCGCCGACGAGAUUCUGUCGCAGAACUCCGAGAUCAACCAGGUUCACGGAGCUCCAGAUCCGACGGCGGGCGCCAGCGUGGACGAUGAGAACUGCUGGCAUCUAGACGAGGAGCAGGUCCAGGAGCAGGUCAAGCUCUUCCUGUCCCAGGGGGGGUACCACGGCUCGGGGAAGCAGCUCAACCUGCUGUUCUGCAAGGUCAGGGAGAUGCUGAAGAUGAGGGACUCCAACGGGGCGCGGAUGCUGACGCUGAUCACCGAGCAGUUCAUGGGGGACCCGCGGCUGGCGCUGUGGAGGCAGCAGGGGACCGCCAUGACGGACAAAUACCGGCAGCUGUGGGACGAGCUAGGAGCUCUGUGGAUGUGCAUCGUGCUGAAUCCUCACUGCAAACCCGAGCAGAAGGGCUGCUGGCUGCGGCAGCUCCGCCGGUGGAACGGCGUGGACGUGUGUCCCCUGGAGGACGGUAACCACGGCAACGAGCUGACCAAUCUGACCAACGCUCUGCCUCAUGGCCCUGCGGGCAACCCAGACUUGCUGAUGCGACCCCACCGGACCGUGUUCACUCGAGCCAUCGAGGCCUGUGACCUUCACUGGCAGGACCCCCACCUGCAGCACAUCCUCAGCACGGACCACUACACCAACCACUGUUACCACGGCGACCUGGACAGCUCCCUGUUGGAUGCGGGAUGGUGGCCCCUGUGGCACGAGCACGUGCCCACGGCCUGCGCCCGCGUGGACGCCCUGCGGUCGCAUGGGUACCCCCGGGAAGCCCUGAGGCUCGCCGUCGCCAUCGCCAACACGCUCCGCCGGCAGCAGCAGAAACAGCUGGAGCUCUUCCGCACUCACAAAAACGAGCUGCUCAACAGAGGAGUGACCUCCAUCACCAACCUGGAGGGGUGGGUGGGCCACCCGCUGGACCCCAUCGGCACCCUGUUCGGCACCCUGAUGGAGUCCGGGAGGGGCGCAGAGGAUCGGGGUCCCCCCGACCCACCAGGAUCAGCUGGCUCGUGCAGGAGGACGGAGAACCCGGAUCCCCCGGCUCAGCGGCCCCCGGAGGACGGCGAGUCGUUUGUGCUGUUGGCCGUGGAAACGGCUCUGAUUGGCUUAGGCCAGCAGAGGGUGAUGCCGGAGGGCCUCUACGCCCAGGAGAAGGUGUGUCGCAACGAAGAGCAGCUGCUGGCCAAACUCCAGGAAGUGGAUUUAGAUGAAACGUUGGUUCAAAUCUUCCGGAAACAAACCACCUUUCUGCUCGAGGCUGGUCCUUACAGUGGUCUGGGGGAGAUCCUCUACAGGGAGAGCGUCCCCAUGCACACGUUUGCCAAGUAUCUCUUCACAUCCCUGCUACCUCACGACGCCGAGCUGGCGUACAGAAUUGCACUGCGGGCCAUGAGGCUGCCCGUUCUGGAGUCCCCGGCGCCCCCUGCUGACCUGUCUCGACCUCACCACAUCGUGUCGGUGGUGCCGAACCGCUACCCCCGCUGGUUCACGCUGAGCCACAUUGAGAGCCAGCAGUGCGAGCUGGCCUCCACCAUGCUCACCGCCGCUAAAGGUGACACCUGUAAGCUCCAGAUAGUGUUGGAGUCCAUCCAGAAGAACAUCCACUCGUCCUCCCACAACUUCAAAUUGGCUCAAGAUGCCUUCAAAAUCGCCACGCUCAUGGAGAGCCUGCCGGACCUCACGCUGCUCAAAGUCUCCCUGGAGCUGGGCCUCCAGGUGAUGAGAAUGACCCUGUCCACCAUGAACUGGAGGAGGAGGGAGAUGGUGCGCUGGCUCGUCACCUGUGCCACUGAAGUGGGUGUGUUUGCGCUGGACAGCAUCAUGCAGAACUGGUUUACCCUCUUCACCCCAACCGAAGCGACCAGCGUCGUGGCGACCACCGUCAUGUCCAACAGCACCAUCAUGCGCCUGCACCUGGACUGCAAUCAGCAGGAGAACCUGGCCAACUCCGCCCGGACCCUCGCCCUGCAGUGCGCCAUGAAGGACCCGCAAAACUGUGCUCUGUCGGCGCUAACGCUCUGCGAGAAGGACCAGAUUGCCUUUGAGACGGCGUACCAGAUCGUGCUGGACGCGGCUGCCACGGAGAUGAACUGCACACAGCUGUUCACGAUAGCACAUUACAUGGAGCACCGCGGCUUUCCCAGCAGGGCGUACAAGCUAGCCACGUUAGCCAUGACGCACCUGAACCUCAGCUACAACCAGGACACGCACCCCGCCAUCAACGACGUGCUCUGGGCAUGCGCCCUCAGCCACUCGCUGGGGAAAAACGAGCUGGCGGCAGUCAUCCCUCUGGUGGUGAAGAGCGUCAAGUGCGCCACCGUUUUAUCGGACAUUUUGCGGCGGUGCACGCUGACGACGCCGGGGAUGGUCACGCUGCACAGCCGCAGGACCUCUGGGAAGCUAAUGUCUCUGGACAAGGCUCCCCUCAGGCAGCUACUGGACGCCACCAUCGGGGCCUACAUCAACACCACGCACUCCAGGCUGACGCACAUCAGCCCGCGUCACUACAGCGAGUUCAUCGAGUUCCUCAGCAAAGCCAGAGAGACGUUCCUGAUGGCGCACGACGGACACAUGCAGUUCACGCAGUUCAUAGACAACCUGAAGCAGAUUUACAAGGGCAAGAAGAAGCUGAUGAUGCUCGUCCGAGAGCGCUUCGGAUGAAACCGGAUCACAUGACCAACUUUUAUUUUCUUUUGAAAUCCUCCAACUUGAAGUUAGAAUCCACCUAAAACAUGUGAAGAACGACUUCCUGAAGGCAAAACAAACCAAACGACUCUGAGCGCGAGCAGAGAUAAAAACGUGGUUUCAUUUUGCAGCACUGGGGGAGCAGAUGCAUCAAACCAGACUACAGCUAAUCUGAGAGAUUAAAACAUCUGAUCUGUUUCCAGUUACAACGGUCAUUGAAGAGCUGCAGCUUUAGAGAACAAAUUUUAAUCAAUCAGAUCCUCUGGAGUCCAUGAAAACAUUUUUGUUACCAAAACAAAUGUAAUCCGCAAUAUAAGGUGAUAAAAUACUAAUACCAAUGAGUGCUAACGAGGCCAGAGGCUGUCAGGAACUGAUUGAAAAAUGAUCUUAUGUACCUUUUAACACCGGAGCUUUCGCGUUCUUUUGAAAUACCGUAACUCUGACGCAGUUAACGUAAAACAACUCGUUUUGAAGCAUAGAAAAGCAGCUUUGCACCGACUGUUGUAACGUAAAUCUGUAGGAAUUAUGUCAGCGUUAUGGCUGUUCAAAGAGCCUGUUUUAUUUUGCCAUCGCCGUUCACCCAAUUAAUGUGGAUUCUAAAGCUGUUUUUGGCGAUGUGCGACACUACAACAGUAAAACGCAAUUGAGGUAAACCAAGUCAUUUUGAGGCGUUGAAAGGCAGCUUUGAAGCGAUACGCUUCCAGCAUCGCGUUUGUUGGAGCGUAAACCCGUAGGAAACAUGUUAACAGUCAAAGGGUUACGGUCGUUCAAAGAGCGCGUCUCAUUUUUCCAUUCCUGUUCACGCCAUUAACACAAUUCCAAGGGAUUGUAAAGUGUGGGAAAAGCAGUUUUGAGUUGAUACGCAACACUUCACAUUGGUAAAUUGUUUACGCAAUUCCAACAGAUGUUGACGCUGAGAAAAAUUGCUUUGCGCUUUAGACUAAAGCAAAUUGUCGCCUAUCUGCAACAGAAUUACGUUAUUUGCAUAAAAUAAUUUUGCUAGGUCAAAGAGUGUUUGUUGUUUUGCCACAAAUAAUUCAAACCAAUUCUAUAGUUGGAAAUACCAAGUUCUGUGGCGACAUGCAACACCUUACAGGCCUAAAAUGUUUAUGCAAUUAACACAAUUCCGACUUAUUUUGAUGCAGAGAAAAGCAGCUUCACUACCAUGAAUGGUCACAUAUUGAAUGAAGCUAAUGCUAAAGCGUUUCGGUCGGUCGAAGAGUGUUUAUUUUGCCGUCGCCGGCGACAGCUCCAGUGUUAAAAGGUUAAGCUGCACCUUCACCUUGUUUACAUUUCAGUUUUCUUUCUAAACGUACAACCUUGCUGUCGACAAAGCUGCUUCAGUUAACGGUAGUGUGUGCAUCUGGUCCCCGGUUAGUUGGUUUAAAGAUGGAUAAUAGCGGCCGUUGGAUGUCGCCGUGUUUCGCUUUUCAUGGUCGUACACUGAGUGUCGGCGUCCUCAGCCUCAAAGAGAAAAAACGGCUUUAAACCAAAAGUCCAUCCGACGAGACGAGUACCUCUUCCUGAAAGGAUCCAGCUCUCCUCUUCCUCUUCCUCCUCCUGCUCAUCCACUGAAGAAACUCCAGAUGAGGAUUCAUUUUGCGACCGCCUUCAAGCUUCACGGCUUCGUGUGGAAACUGUCGGUGUUCGUUCUCAGGGAUUUCUCUAAACAAAACAAGAAAAAGCAGACAAAAAAAAACAAAAGCAUUUUAUUGCGCUGUACAUAUGAAAGUAUAUGUCCAAUUAUUGAGAAAAUGUAUAUGUUAACUAAUUUAUGACAGAAUAUUCUAUGUAAGGCACAAUACUUGAAGCUGCAGUCCUUUUGGGUUUUGACAGAAAAAAACAUAUCAGUCGGACAGGAAGUGGGUUUUCUUCUCCUGAACACUGAGGCAUCUUCAGGAUUGUAGAAGUUUGAGAAAGUCGCUGUGGAGGCGGAGCUCCUCCUCAGGAACGGCCUUCCUUCCUUGCCUUGUCUUAACGCUUUAAAGAAACCAAAUUGGGAGUCGCAUCUACCGAACUGUCCAAGCCAACAAACUUGCAUUACAGCUUUGGAGUGUCUGUGGUUCAGUAGGCGGACUGGAUCUGUGUUCUAGGCUUCAAAAGCUCAUCUGUUCGAUCCGUGUCGUCUGUUCGUAGCGCCUUCAUCUAGAAACUAAUGAUGCUCCUUUUUAUUAUUUAUUCUGUUCCGUGAAUGAUUGUAUGACCACGUCAACACGAGGCGAGGAUUUGAUACACUGAUUUAUUUAUGUAACUAAAUCACUGUUUUUUAAACCUGUUAUUAAAUCAACACUUUGUUUUGAUUAAAUGACUUUUUUAACAGGAA